AUGCAUUCAGCACCCAAGAGGCAGAUUCUGCAUAAUUUUGAUGGUGUGCUGAGGAGCGGUGAGAUGCUCAUGGUCCUCAGUCAACCAGGCAGCGGCUGCUCAACGUUCCAGAAGACAGUCUGUGGUGAAUUACAUGGGCUUGAGUUGCAUCCAGACUUGGUCAUGCACUACAACAGAAUUCCCAUGAAGAAGAUGCACAGAGAGUUUAAGGGCGAGUGUGUCUACAACCAGGAGGUGGAUAAAUAUUUCCCACAUUUGACCAUUAAUGAGACUCUGGAAUUUGCCGCCUUGGCCAGGACACCAUCUCAUCAGUUGGUGGGUGAGUCUCGCAAGCAAUAUGUCAAAGAAAUAACACAGGUCACCAUGGCAGUUAUCACCCUGGAUAUGAACAUUUGUAAUAUCAGCAGGCCAUUCCCUAACACCACUGCACUAAUCCUUGACCCAGACACAAUGGAGGAACUGCCCUCUGGCAGCGUUGGGGAGCUCUGCAUCAGCGGUCCCCAGCUGGCUAGAGGUUACUUGAAUCGCCCUGAGGCGACGAACAAGGCCUUCCAGGGUGAUAAUUCCAAACAAAGGUUCUAUUGUACUGGAGACCUUGCUCGAUUGCUGCCCAACGGGGAAAUUGAGCUAUUUGGACGAAAAGACGACCAGGUCAAAAUCAACAGCCACUAA